AUGGAUGCAAACGAGACCGUGUCAUAUUUACAGCUUGUGACUGCGUGCACAGUGGAUGAGAAAAUUCUUCACCGCCAGAUAAAAAAGACUGGAUUGACGUCCAUGAUCAAUCUAGUUGAUCAGUCAUCCAAGCCGUCAUUCGUGGAUGAAGAACUUGAAAGCAUUUUCACUGUAAAAGAAGUGGAAUGUGAGACCCAUGAUCUCCUGGAAUGCCACUGCGGUGGUUGUGGAUUGCUGCCGGACGAAGUGGAUGACGAUCCAGGUAAUGAAAGAGUGUUCCAUUAUUGUAGG